CGGGUGUGUAUGUAACGUGACAUGCGUGUGAAGACGCGGCCAGACGAUCUCAUUUCGUUUCGACAAAACGUCGGUUCCCCUGCAGCUCGUCUUCUCGGCCCUCGUCGCGUUACCGCCGCGACGACGAGCGUCGAUAAGAGCUGUACGGGGUCAAAAUCAUCUUGCGCGCGACACGGUCGGGCGCGCCGCGAGUCGUCGAAGGUGGGUAGUGCCGAGGGUGUCGUGUGGGUGUACGAUCUGUCAUAUCGCGCUGGAGGAGGCAGCUCGGGGAGCAUCUCGCGACGACGGCGUGCCGUUACGGCCGAGAACUGGAUCGCCAGGUCGACUACUCCCCGCCUAACGUCCCCGUUCCGCGGAUGUCGCGCGCGCUUGUGCGAGGAGCCAGGACCUCUUGAUGCGGAUCGAGUCACCCGCCGGGAUGGAGCAGAGGUUGUCGAAUCCGCCGAGACCGCCGCGUCAGACGCCGCCGAGCCACUCGAGGAGGAGCAAGAGACGAUCCGGCAGCCGCAGGAGCAACCUGCUGGACACGAUACAGGACACGUGGUCGCCGAGCGCUUCGCAGAACAGCCAGGACGGCGGCCUGGUGGCUGGUAUGGAGUAUCCCCCCCCGCGGCAGAUGCUCUGGCAGCCGACGGACGUGGCGCAGAGCGUGCCGGGCAACGGGCAACGCCUGUUCACCGCGAUGUCGGACCCGAGCGUAUGCGGCUACUCGCCGAUGCCGAUGACGUACGCCAUGCAGCCGGUCUCGCUGCCGGCGAUGUACAGAAUGUACCAGCCGAUGCCGGUGCCAAACGUCAGAACCGUCCACAGUAGGCAGAGGCAUCACUGUAACAAGCAUCUGGCGAACGUUCGUCAGCAGCACGGCGCCGACAGCGGUGUCGUUAACGGUUACGGGAAUCCGCAGGAGAACGGAGUGCUGGAGUCCGCCGUACAUGUCGCCCUUCAGAACGGCGAUUUCGCCAGCCUACCGCCCACCGCGAACAAAGACAGCGGUGUCAAUGGCGACGAGCUCAACUCGGAGCACAGAAGAUACUCCGAUCCCGGGCUGGGACCCGCCGGGAACUCGGCUCACUCGGACAGCGACGAUUCCGACAGUGUCGGGAGUGGGAGCUCCAUAACGACAAUUAGCCGUAGCAAUAAGCUUGUCCUGUCGCUUAUCGAGCAGAUGACGGAGUUAAAAAAAUGUAACGGCCAACUGUUUAAAGAACUUAGUGAAACCAAGUCGAAUUUGGAGACUGUAAAAUCAAAAUUGGCGCAGAGUAAGCACAGUACUCCUGCGGAUUACCAACCUGGAAUGUUAUCAGAACUUAUACGUGAAAUUAGAGAAGCCAACAGGAGUUGUGAAGAAGGUUUAGUUUUAAAAAUCAAAUCUAUGUUGGAAGAAAGAUGUAAUCAACAAGCAAAAGAAAUCGACGAGUUAAAGAAUCAAUUGGCGAAGCUUAUGAAAGAGAAAGAAGAAAGUGACCAGCGUGUCGCGAAACUGGAGGAGGAAGUGACGACGUUGAAGCUGAGCGCAACCAAUGAAGGCCGCGAGAUCGCAGUCUUCGAGGAGGAGAAUCUGGCGCUGCGACGGGAGCUCCAGGAGGCGCGGGCGUCCAGGACCCUGGCCGAGAACCACGCAGCAAAGUGCGUAAACUUUGCGGUAUCCAGAUCUGUCACGCCUGUAACUUUCGAUACGCCCUGUAUAACCAGCACCCCCGUGCGUACCGCUCUUACCGAUACUCGCUUCCUGCUUUCCGCCAUCCCAUCCGCAUCGCACACAUUCUCCACCUCUUCCGUUCUACGUCCCCGUUCUGCGGAGGUGGCGGCGGCUCUUCAGCUCGUCCCCGAGAAGGCGAAUCAAUGUCAGAGUUUUGCGGCUGAAUCCGUGUCCCCGCGCGAGGGCUCUCCGACGAAGGAGAACGACGCAUGGUCGGAAACGUCUUUGUCCUGUCAAACCGUCGUAACUUGUACGAAUGACGGCGCCGCGAACGCGGUUGGAAUCGGAUCUUUGAACAAAAUGGAAACUAUUUGCGAAAUUCUGUCCGUGUUAGAACUGGACAAUUACUUUGUGCCGUUCGGUCAGAAAGCGCGCGACGUCGACACCGCGAGAAACGACGGGAGAGUAAAGCCGCCGACGAUGACUGAGGAGGAAAAAAAGCGCCUAUUGACUGCUAGCUCAGAGGAACUUACUGAGCUAUUCGCAAUGUACGAAGCGAAAGUGUCGUCGAUAACGGGAAAGGACGGAGCGAAAGAUCUUGGUUGCUUUCAAGUCCUUGAAGAACAGAAGGAUCUGCCGGAUAAAUUGAGCAAAACGGAGCAGUCGGUCAAUCGCUCGGACAGUCACAGUUUCUGGCAAAGAAUGUUUCAUACUCAGCGAGGCAGCUUUAAGAAACCGCGGCGAAAGAAGGGCAAUUUGCGGAGAUUGUUCAGCGAGGGCGACAAGGAUCUGCGCCAGGACACCAAGAUCCCGACCGACACGGCCCCGCCGUGCUCCUCCGAGAGCAAUUGCGACACCGCGAACGAGGACGAGGAGGAUUGCUUUCCCAAUGACGAACGCACGAGUCGAGCCAUCACCGACGUGCCGGACGUCGUUGUGAUCGGUGGUGGCUCCAUCGUCCCGAAAGACCUCUGCUCGACGAGAACCCUGACUUCCAGAAUCCAAACAGCACCUUCACGUGCCACCUACACCACCGCCUAUAUCUAGGUUGCGCGCGUACGCGCGGGGCCCCAAGCAAAAAAGACAAAAAGAAAGCCAUACACCACGCAUACUCGUCGCCAAUAUCCGUCGCGAAAAGGGGGCUUCAAGGGGCUUUUUACUAGAGGCUACUACUAUGUACAUAUCGAAUAUAGCACGUAGGUCUUAUUAUUCACUCGUCAUGCAUGCUUUUUCGUACACGCUCGUCGUAUACUCAUGCCCCCGGCACUUUGGGGGAAUUACGUCAUUCCUGGUAUCCGAAGGAGAUUCGUAAUUUUGAACGUGCACACGUGUACAUUAGCUGAAAGUAUUGCUGUAAGUUAUCUUUAGAGAAAGAAAGUUAGCUUUUUUUAAUUUCAGAAAUUUCGUUUAUGAUGAAUUUUAUGUGUAUAACCGACUCUGAUAUCGACUUCUCCCUUUACAGUGACUAUAACUUGCUAGCAAUAUUAAUUAAACUGUAGAACAAUAUAUAGUAAACUAUUGUGGAUACCGGAAUAACGUAAUUCUGCGCGACAUUUCGCAGCACUGUUUCCAUAGCGUUGCAUCCUUAAAAGGAAAUUGGAGAGAGACGACUUUCUGCUAAUCAGAAAUAGAAAUUUUCAAUCAUUUGUGAUCAUAUAACUGUAUUUUUCCAUAUUUUUUUACAUAAGCAAGGUGGCUUUGUAUCGGUGGUGUAAGGAAUCAUUCUUUUUUCAUGGAACGGAAGGUAAAGGAUACUGAUUAGCAUUAACAACCAAAGGGCUUUGCAUAGAUCGACGUAGCAAUUACUCCAGUUGCUAUUUAAGUAUGCACCUUAAGACAUUGUCAUUAUUCGCUAUACACAUGCUUACAGAAAUUUUAAUACAUUGUUAACUCGUGAAUAUCUGCUUCUCUAUCUAAUGUAGGGAUAAUCGUAAAUAUACAUCAAAUGUAUGUAAAAAAAAAAAAA